AUGUCUCUUUCAUUACUCGUUGUUCGUCUGAGAAGGUCACCUUUGGCUAUUAUUUUAUUUCCGAUAGCGUCAAUAGCUCUAUUCUAUUUCCUCUUCUUUUCUCACGAUAGUUCAUUGUUGGGAAUUGAUGGUUCGGUAGAGAACCAUCGAUGGGCACAUGAGAGGGAAAACACUUACUAUUUCCCUCAUUCCAGCAAGUUCAAGAGUCCUAAAUAUUCAUACAGAUACAAAGGUAACCGAUUUUUUGGUGAUAAAGCAGGACUUCACAUUUCCGAGGGACGUAUAAUGAAGUAUGAUAUGAAUACAUUGACGACGACAUCUUCUCCGUUGGCCAACAAGGAGAUAGUGUUAAUAUUGACUCCUAUGCAGAAGUUUCAUGAUAAAUACUGGGAGAAUUUGCUAUCGUUAACAUAUCCGAGAAAGUUAACACAGUUAGGUUUUAUCAUUCCGAGAACGCCUACAGGUGAUGUGGCGAUGAAGAGGCUAGAGGAUGCGGUGAAGAAAGUUCAGUCUGGUAAGGAGAAUCAGCGAUUUUUGAAGAUUACAAUUUUGAGGCAAGAUUCGCAGUCAUUCAAUAAGCUUGAUGAAAAGGAGAGGCAUGCGUUUAAUGUGCAGAAAGAGAGACGUGCUGCAAUGGCAUUAGCUAGAAACGAAUUAGUAUUUUCCACAAUUGGUCCAAGCACUUCUUGGAUCUUGUGGCUCGAUGCAGAUAUAGUUGAGACCCCUGCGACAGUAAUACAAGAUAUGGCAGCUCAUGAUAAGGCAAUUCUUGCGGCGAAUGUAUUCCAACGUUACAUCGAUGACCAAAACCAGGAGAAUAUCAGACCUUAUGAUUUUAAUAAUUGGCAAGAGAGCCAGACUGGUUUGGAAAUAGCGGCUUCAAUGAAGGAUGAUGAGAUUAUUGUGGAAUCUUACCAUGAGAUUGUCACUUACAGACCACUAAUGGCGAAGUUAUAUGAUCCUAAUGGGUCGCCUUCUGCCGAGAUGUCAUUGGAUGGUGUCGGUGGUGGGUGCACAUUAGUGAAAGCACAGGUACAUAGAGAUGGUGCAAUGUUCCCUAAUUUCCCAUUCUAUCACUUGAUUGAAACGGAAGGAUUUGCCCAUAUGGCUAAAAGAUUAAAUUACGAAGUAUUUGGGUUACCAAACUACCUAGUGUAUCAUUUCAAUGAAUAG